CCAAGAACGAGGGAUUGAAGUUCGAUCAGAAUAUUGUGGGGUUCGAUAUUUAUCUAUUUGUCAACAGUUGAUUAUAUCGGAUAUAUCGCGGUAAAUUUGGAGUGCUGAAGAAAUUAAACACGUUUAUGGAAGAGAUGGAUAAAAUGUUUUUCUUGAGUGUGAAGAGUUAAUCUCUUUAUGGAUUUUACAACGCGUGGCAUCCAUAUUGUAGCAGGUAAAGAAGGGGAAGAAUGCAAUAUGGACCAACAAAAGAUGCAGAUGAUGUUGGCUAGAAUGAUGGAAGAAAAACACACCUUCACAUAUAGAAAACUUGUAGUUCCUAUGUCAAUGCGUAGCAUAUACUGGAAAUAUUUUGGUUUCCCAGCCACAGAUGAUGGAGAUAUUCUCACAAAAGUAAAAAUUGUGUGCAUUUUAUGUAAAACACAAAUAGCGUACAACCGCAAUACUAGCAAUUUGCGAAUGCAUUUGCAGAACAAACAUCCACAUGAAUUGUUAGAAUUGGAGGCUAAUACGCCACCACGUCGCCCAAGUAUGGAGGCAAAGGAGAAACGAUCACAUAAAAAGUCUCUUAAAGCCCAAGGUGGCAUUGGACCACCACAUAUCUACACAACAGCAGCAGAUGGUACAGUGCAAAUAGAAGGAGACAUUCAAUUCAUUACUGACCCAAACAUUAGCCUUCAGAACUUUGAAGAUGGAGAAGGCACUAGUAAUCAGAACAAUGUGCGAGUUGUGUUGAAAGGUAGUAGUCCUGGUUUGUCCAAUCAGAAUGUGGCUAUCAUUCUCCCAGAAGACAAUAUUAACAGUCAUCUUCAUGGAAUGAUGGAUGGUAAAACAGUAUCUGAUGCAAUAGCAGAGUUUGUGAUCCUUGACUUGCAGCUGCCAGAUGUAGUAGAAGGUCGAGGUUUCCAGAGGCUCAUUGCAACUCUGAGAUCUCCAUGUGAAAUCCCAAGUAAGACAAAGCUGGAGGAAGAACUCAUACCAAAAAUUUAUGAUUCAUUUAAAGAGGCUGUCCAGUCCACUGUGGCUUGCAUCCCUGGCGAGGUUGGCCUCUCUGUGGAAGAAUGGUGUUCUGGGAAUGGAGAGGUAUUCAUUACAGUGGCUGUGCACUACCAGCACCAAUCAACAGAUGCCCUUAUGGAGACCAGAGUGCUGAGCACAAUACAUUGCCCCUGUGAUAUGGACGUAGCACAGUGGUCUGUAACAUUUGACAACCUUUUCAUGGAGUGGGACAUCAAGUUGGAACAAGUCACAGCUGUUGUGGUGGCAACAACACGGCAUGAAGUGAUCAGAGCAUUAUCUGACAAGGAUCUAACACUUGUUCCAUGUCUCGUUCAUAGUCUGCAGCUUUGCACUGGUGCAUGUUUUGAACAACCUGAUGUGGCAGCCAUAUUGAACAAGUGCAGGACUGCUAUUGGACUCAUUGGAAGGAGCAAUGUUGCAACCACUGCCCUCAGAAUCCAGGAACAGAUGAUGCAGCUUGAGGAGAAUGGACUGAAGAUGGACUAUCCUCGAGUCUGGACUUCAACAUAUACAAUGCUGGAACAGUUACUGGUACGGAAAGGUGUCAUGGGAUCAGUGCUGGAUAACAUUGAAACCGUGGACAGAGAUUCCAUCACAUUGACUGAGGAUGAGUGGAGGGUGGUUGAAGAUCUAGUCAUGGUGCUGGAGCCAUUCAAGGUAACAAUAAUGACGCUCAGUGAAGAGAAAACACCACUGAUAUCAUUACUGAAGCCUCUUCUUUGGCAACUGAACAGUUCACACCUGAAACCAAAAGAAGGUGAUUCAGAAACAGCCAGAUCUUUCAAGGAGGCACUGUCAGAAAGUCUGUCAGAAAGGUACAGUGACACAGCUGUGAAUCUGCUUCUACAAAUGGCCACUACACUGGACCCUCGCUUCAAAUUGCUACCCUACGCUUCAGAAGAAGAUAAGAACAUCAUCUCCACUUCCAUGAAACAAAUGCUUAUUAAAUUCAUUGGGGAGGAAAGAGGGAGGAACUCAGGACCAGCUGAGGAGUCUGCAAGCAAAAAAAGUCGCCUUUCUGGCAUGGAAUUCUUACUGGGAGACUUGUGCUCAUCAAAGACAGGAAUGCCUGCUGAAGAGCGAGCCAGUCUGGAACUAGUUCAAUACCAGUCAGAAAGUACAGCUGCCCUUGACUACUGUCCCCUGCAGUGGUGGGCAAAGGCUGCAGCGAAGUGUCCCAACCUUGCACGCCUUGCCCGAAAGUACAAUUGUGUGCCAGCAUCUGCCACACCUCCUCACCGCAUUCCACAGGAAAAUCAGGUCCUGUUUGACAUGAGGAGGGCAUGUCUGGGACCUGAACUUGUGGACAAACUUCUGUUUCUCAAUGGAAACCACACUGUGUGAGACACUACUGCAUCAGCCAAUGGGACUGGUGCAAAUUGUGGAGAGAACACCCAGGAAGUGGGUACAAGUCAUCUGUACAAGACCUCAAAGAUUGAAAUCGAAGUAGUCUGUGCAGUACACUCUUUCUUUGGGCAUCCUUCCACAGUAAAGGUGCAGAAAUGGUAUGAGGAAAUUAUGGAAGGGAAACAACAAAUGAAGGAAGGUUUGUCAAACUUUGCCAAAAUAUAGAUAAAUGAAUACGUCCCUAUCAUGACAGAAAUUGGACAAAAAAUGUAAUUGUCUGUAAUGAUUACAAUUAGCAAGAUCAUCUUUCAUCAACACUUGCCCUGAAUUAAGAGAUUCCAUUCAUAUCCAGUACCAAAUGGCUUAUGUGCACAGUGGUUAAUGUGCAUGGCUUUUCCUUCUCCACUUCAAAACCACCAUACUAACACGUCUCAGUGCCACAUGCUUUCUCCUUUGCCACUGUCUGAUACUGUGAUAUUUUAUUUUUACAAAUAUUUUUUUCUGAAUUUGUUCACACCAUAUUUAUAUGAUACACAGCAUGAUUCUCCUGAUAGAGGAAAUCUGAAUUAAAGGACAUGAAUAAAGCAGGAAGAAUUAAAAUACCCAUAAUUCAACAUCUGUAUCUGGUCAGUAUUAUAUGCACAGAUUGCAAUAUUGGCAGUCUCUCUCACAUAUCAAAACUCAAGGAAUAAAAGGUUUAAUAGCAAAGGAA